AUGGAUUGUUCCAUAUUCUCUACUUCAACAAAGCUUUUGUUUUUCCGCGCUUCCUUGCUGUCUAUCAUCAUGUUUUUCAUGUGUCUUAAUAUAGUCCAUGGCACUGCGACUGAGUUCGGUUAUGGCAGUCACUGUGGUUCGGUUGUUCCUGACUCGGAAGCAAUUGAUGAGGAGUUUCAUACCUUACCGUUUCCUGGACGCCAAAACGGUUACUACAGCGGCGGCGAUAAUGUCCUGAAUCGUAGCUCUGAUCGGUAUUAUUAUCCACCGGUGUCGAAAGUACUCGUUUUCGAGACUCACCAUGUUUAUACGACUCGUGUCAAGGAUGUCUUCAAGGUGGAAGGAAACCUGAUCUUCCAAAGCUCGUACUACUACGAACAGAGUUUCUCCAAUCAUGGGAGAUACCCCUAUUCGUAUUCGAGUGAUUCGAGUGCUCGUGGAACUCUGGACUUCGAUUUCCAUGGCUUCUGGUCUAGAACGACCGGGAAGCUUUGCAUGGUGGGAUUGGGUUAUAUUUACUCCAAGGAAGGUGAAGUGCUUCAUCUUAGAGCUGUUCUCAAGUUGAACAACGUUAAAAAUACAAGUGAUAUCAAUACAUUAAUCACUGGAACCAUGGAUAGCUUGUAUCCUGCUGAUAAUCCAAAUUAUUUCGAUCCAAUAUCGAUGUUGAUGUUUCCUCAAGGAAGCUACAGAUACACCAAGGUUUCGAAAAACUUUAAUCAAGGUUGUCCUGGUGGAACUGAUGUCCCAGGGAAGUCAUCUCUCAGCUUAUCAAGGACUAGACAUGUCUGUGAUAUGUUCUCCGUUCAAGAUAAUGCUUUCGAACUUGAGUAUUCGAGCGGUUGUGGUUCAUCAAAGAGUUGCAGUCCCCUUGGUGACGACCUUGGAUAUUCGCCCCGGUUGAUGUAUUUGAGCAUGAUUCAGUGCUCGGAUGAUGUGCUAAGCUUGAGGUUUCUGAUAGAAUUUCCUGAUGAUAAUACCUAUAUGAGGUAUUCUGGAUCUUCCAAUUUCAGUACUUCAUUGAUUGGAGAAGGAUCUUGGGAUUCAAAGCGGAAUCGUCUUUGUAUCGUUGCUUGUCGAAUCGAGGAUGCGUCGAGCAGCUCAUUGGAGAAGUCUCAUGUUGGAGACUGCAGCACAAGGUUGAGCUUAAGAUUCCCUGCAAUCUUGUCUAUCAGAAACACAAGUACUCUUGUAGGUGAAAUUUGGAGUGAGAAGGCUAGGAAUGAAUCCGGUUUCUUCGAUCGUAUCGUGUUCCGUGACACCAAAAAUAACAGGGGGAGAAUUCAGCUUCAAGGUUUGAAGUAUGAAUACAUGGAAACUGACCAAGUGAAGAAGUCAUGUCCAAAGAAGAGUAUCAAUGGGAACAGCAGUAGACAGUACCCGGAUGGUUAUUCUGCAGACAUGGCUUUUAGUAUGACAAUCAAAGGUCCUAAAGGAAGAAUUGGAUGGGGUUCGUCGAGUCCUCUUGCGGUCGGGGAUCAGCCUCAUCAGAUGUUUCCCUUUCUAAUACCAUCUUCAAGCUCAAGGCCUAAAAGUUCUGAUGCUGGUGUCAGCUUGCUUAAUAUCAGCUAUGCGAUGAGAAUCGACCUAUCUCGUUCGGAAUUGUUUCCCGGCCUAGAUCCGUUUAACCAAUCUUCAAAUGGAUAUUUGGAGAUCCGUAUUUCUGCUGAAGGAUUUUAUGAUCUUGAUACAGGUAAUCUGUGCAUGGUUGGCUGCAGACAUUUGGGGUUACACAACAAAUCAACGGACUGUGGUAUCGUCGUAGAUGUCCAUUUUCCUCCAUUGAACUCAGACCGGAAAGGAAGCAAAAUCAAGGGAAUCAUCAAGAGCACUCGUGAGAAAACCGAUCAUCUGCACUUCGAACCUUUGGAGUUUUCAGGAAGAGCUUAUUAUAGCAGUUGGGCAGCAGAAUCGAUUUGGAGAAUGGAUUUCGAGAUGGUCAUGUCUGUCAUAUCCAACACUCUUGCUAUUGUCUUCGUAGUACUUCAAAUCAUUCAUAUGAGGAGGCACCCUGGAGUUUGUCCUUCGGUUUCACUUCUCAUGCUUGUUAUUCUAGCCCUCGGAUACUUAAUCCCUUUGGUUCUAAAUCUUGAAGCGAUGUUCGAUCAAGACAGCGAACGAUCAGUCUGGAUGAGAAGCGGAAUAUGGCUAGAGGUGAACGAGGUGAUCAUUAGAGCCGUGACAAUGGUGGCUUUUCUGCUGCAUAUCCGUCUUCUGAUGCUCUCAUGGACCGCUAGAUGUUCCGAAGAAAAGAACAAGGCCUUGUGGAUUGCUGAAAAAAGGGGGCUCUACUUAUGCUUUCCGGUAUACAUAGCUGGAGGUUUAAUCAUCGGUGCCACAAGGCAGCAGCAUUCGUCGUCCUACAUAGAGCAGGCCAUUUUGGGAGGAUCUAGAGCAUAUGCUGGUUUGAUCCUUGAUGCCUUUCUUUUCCCGCAAAUCGUCUUCAACAUGUUCCUGAACUCGAAAGAACCGGCUCUUUCUCGAUUCUUCUAUAUCGGAUUCACACUCGUCCGCCUGGUUCCCCAUGGAUAUGAUCUCUACAGGGCAAACAACUAUAUUGAUAUGGCCGACUCAUACAUUUAUGCAAAUCCUACUGCAGAUUACUACUCAACUGCUUGGGACUACAUUAUUCCUAUGUUGGGCCUGUUCUUUGCUGCAAUCAUAUACUUACAACAGCGCCUCGGCUGUCGUUGUUUCCUUCCGAAGCGGUUCCGGGGAUCGGUCACAUAUGAUGAACUUCCAGUGGAUUCAGAGGAGCAAGCUCCAUUGAAACAUAGUACCUAG